AUGAUCCAUGGUUUAACUGUAAAUAACCUCACAGAAAGAGUUAUUCAGAGAAGCAAGAGGAUGAUUUUAGACACUCUGGGUGUUGGAUUGAUCGGAACUACAACAGAGGUUUUUCAUAAAGCAUUGCAGUACAGCAAGAUUUAUAGCACAGACAUCUCAAGCACAGUUUGGGGCCAGCCAGAACUACGACUCCCUCCUCUCUAUGCUUCUUUUGUCAAUGGCGUUGCGGUUCACUCCAUGGACUUUGAUGACACUUGGCAUCCUGCCACACAUCCCUCAGGAGCAGUCCUUCCUUCUCUGGUUGCCCUUUCAGAAUCUGUAUCGACACAUCACAAGAAAUCAGGAUUAGACUUUAUCUUGGCAUUCAAUGUUGGUAUUGAGGUACAAGGAAGACUCAUGCAUUUCUCAAAUGAAGCCAGCAAUAUUCCGAAAAGGUUUCACCCUCCCACCGUGGUUGGUACAAUGGGAAGUGCUGCAGCUUCAUCAAAAUUUUUAGCCCUUGAUCAAACUCAGUGCAGAGAUGCCUUAGCUAUAGCUGCAUCAUAUUCAGGUGCCCCUUUGGCAAAUGCAGCCACACAAACCAAACCCCUUCACAUUGGUAAUGCAGGCAGACAUGGCCUUGAGGCAGCUUUCUUUGCACUCUUGGGGCUUGAAGGAAAUAAGCACAUCCUGGAUCUAGAGUCUGGUUUUGGUGCUUUCUAUCAUGACUAUGAACCCCAAGCUGUUCCAUCUCUAGAAUCAUACAACUGGCUGCUAGAAAAACAAGAUGUUGCUGUCAAACGCUUCCCUGCUCAUCUUGGAACGCACUGGAUGACAGAUGCGGCUUGUGCAGUGCGGAAUCAUAUUGUUAGAGACUGUCACUCCCUGCCAGUCAAUGACAUUCAGAAAAUCCAGCUAAAAGUUCCAGAUGUUAAAUAUGUGAACCGCCCAUUUCCAUCUUCAGAGCAUGAAGCUCGUCAUUCCUUCCAGUUUAAUGCCUGUACAGCCCUCCUAGAUGGCAGUGUUAAUGUCCAUUCUUUUAGUGAUCACAAUAUCUCUAGGCCAGAAAUGAAGGCACUGCUUGGUAAAACAGAGGUUGUACACCCACUUGAUAACAAACCCAAUUUUGACCAACUUUAUUGUGAGAUCAGUAUAACAAUGACAAAUGGAGUCACCUUUACGGAAAGAUGUAACACUUUCUACGGUCACUGGAGGAAUCCAUUGAGCAACAAAGAUCACCUGAAGAAAUUCAAAUCCAAUGCAUCCAUGGUCUUGUCAGCAGAUGGAGUAGAUGGAAUUAUAGAAGUAGUGAAGAACCUGGAAAAUAUAUCUGACUGUUCGGUGCUUAGCACUUUUCUCAGACUAAGAAAUCAAACAACUUAUAAGCAUGAAAGGUCAAUGCAUAAUAAAUCCUGA